AUGUCUUCCAAGCGACCAGCCUCUCCGUAUGGGGAAGCAGAUGGAGAGGUAGCCAUGGUGACAAGCAGACAGAAAGUGGGAGAAGAGGAGAGUGACGGGCUCCCAGCCUUUCACCUUCCCUUGCAUGUGAGUUUUCCCAACAAGCCUCACUCUGAGGAAUUUCAGCCAGUUUCUCUGCUGACACAAGAGAACUGUGGCCAUAGGACUCCCACUUCUCAGCACAACACAAUGGAAGUUGAUGGCAAUAAAGUGAUGUCUUCAUUUGCCCCGCACAACUCAUCUACCUCACCCUUGAAGGCAGAAGAAGGUGGGCGUCAGAGUGGAGAAUCAUUGUCCAGCACAGCCCUGGGAACCCCUGAACGGCGCAAAGGGAGCCUAGCAGAUGUUGUAGACACCCUUAAGCAAAGAAAAAUGGAAGAGCUCAUCAAGAAUGAGCCAGAAGAAACUCCCAGUAUUGAAAAGCUACUAUCAAAGGACUGGAAAGACAAGCUUCUUGCCAUGGGAUCAGGGAACUUUGGAGAAAUAAAAGGGACUCCAGAAAGCCUCGCUGAGAAAGAAAGGCAACUCAUGGGUAUGAUCAAUCAGCUGACCAGUUUGCGAGAACAGCUGCUAGCAGCUCAUGAUGAACAGAAGAAACUGGCUGCAUCACAGAUUGAGAAACAACGCCAGCAAAUGGAGCUGGCUAAGCAGCAGCAAGAACAGAUCGCAAGACAACAGCAGCAGCUCCUUCAGCAGCAACACAAAAUUAACCUUCUUCAGCAACAGAUCCAGCAGGUCCAAGGUCAGCUGCCUCCAUUAAUGAUUCCCGUAUUCCCUCCAGACCAACGAACCCUAGCAGCAGCUGCACAGCAAGGAUUCCUUCUUCCUCCUGGUUUCAGCUACAAAGCGGGAUGCAGUGACCCUUACCCUGUUCAGCUGAUCCCAACUACCAUGGCAGCUGCUGCCGCAGCAACACCAGGCUUAGGCCCACUCCAACUGCAGCAGUUGUAUGCUGCCCAACUUGCUGCAAUGCAAGUAUCUCCAGGAGGCAAGAUACCUGGCAUACCCCAGGGUAACCUUGGUGCUGCAGUAUCACCUACCAGCAUCCACACAGACAAGAGCACAAACAGCCCUCCGCCCAAAAGCAAGGAUGAAGUGGCCCAGCCUCUGAACCUUUCAGCCAAACCCAAGACAUCUGAUGGCAAGUCUCCCACAUCACCCACCUCUCCUCAUAUGCCAACUCUGAGAAUAAAUAGUGGGGCCAGUUCGCUCAAGUCCUCUGUGCCAGCAACAUUAUCUAGUCCUUCAGCCAGAGCAAACACAAUAGGUUAUUUAAAUGACCACGAUGCUGUUACCAAGGCAAUCCAGGAGGCCCGGCAGAUGAAGGAGCAGCUUCGGAGGGAACAGCAGGUGCUGGAUGGGAAGGUGGCCGUUGUGAAUAGCCUGGGUCUCAAUAACUGCAGGACAGAAAAGGACAAAACAACAUUGGAGACCCUGACUCAGCAACUGGCAGUAAAACAGAGUGAAGACGGGAAGUUUAGCCACGCAAUGAUGGAUUUCAACAUGAGUGGAGAUUCUGACGGAAGUGCAGGCGUUUCAGAGUCUAGAAUUUAUCGGGAAUCCAGAGGCCGUGGUAGCAAUGAGCCCCAUAUCAAGCGCCCAAUGAACGCAUUCAUGGUGUGGGCUAAAGAUGAACGGAGGAAGAUCCUUCAAGCCUUCCCUGACAUGCACAACUCCAAUAUCAGCAAGAUACUAGGAUCUCGCUGGAAAGCAAUGACAAACCUAGAGAAGCAGCCAUACUAUGAGGAGCAGGCCCGACUCAGCAAACAGCACCUGGAGAAAUACCCAGACUACAAAUACAAGCCCCGGCCGAAGCGUACCUGCCUUGUAGACGGCAAAAAACUGCGCAUUGGCGAGUACAAGGCUAUCAUGCGCAACAGACGCCAGGAGAUGAGGCAGUACUUUAACGUUGGGCAACAAGCACAGAUUCCUAUUGCCACUGCAGGCGUAGUUUACCCAGGAGCCAUUGCCAUGGCAGGAAUGCCUUCCCCACAUCUGCCCUCUGAGCACUCGAGCGUGUCCAGCAGCCCGGAGCCCGGCAUGCCUGUCAUCCAGAGCACUUACGGCAUCAAAGGCGAGGAGCCUCACAUCAAGGAGGAGAUGCAGACCGAUGACGUCAAUGGAGAAAUCUACGAUGAAUACGACGAGGAAGAGGAUGACCCUGAUGCGGACUAUGGCAGUGACAGUGAAAAUCACAUUGCAGGGCAAGCCAACUGA